AUGGCUGCGAACAUGAAUCCCAACAACAUGGAUGCGUUCGAAGAAAACAUGAACAUGUUGGACGGCAACGUUAAUACGGCUGAUAACAACAUGAACACGUUCGAGCAAAACAUGAAUAUGUUCUUUGCAAACAACCCUGACACAUCCGACUUCGAGGCCAUGAUGACUGAUUGGAACAACAACAACAUGGUCACUUAUGACCCUUCUUCUAACUCGCAUCCUCCCCCUGCUCCCAAUUACAACCUGAUGUUCCCACAGGUUACAGGGCAGGGACAAGAGAUGGACGUCGAAAUGGCUCCUGUUGAUAAUACCAACUUCGUCCAGGAAGGUCUCAACCAAGGUCUCUUUCAUUCAAACCAGCAGGUCUAUGGGCCUCAAGACAACGUCGCCCCAAUGCUUAUCCCUUCUCUCUCUGGACGUAUUCCUUCAGAGCAGGACGGACACGUCCUAGAGGCUCCGCAUCAGCAACCAGAGCUGGCUGAGCAGCCGAUGUACAUCAAUCCAGCUGAGCUUAUAGCCCAGCUCCCUGCUAUUGCUGCAGGAGAGAGCCCUCUCGCCAAAAAGAUCCUUAACCCCAAAAUGCAGGGGGCCAAGGUAGAAAAGAAAGGCAAGCCUAAAGGCAAGGGCGGUCGUAAACCAAAGGAGGCCACGCCAGACAAAGUCGCGCGUGAAGUACGGGCCUUCGCCUGCCAAGCGUGCCGUCGUAAGAAGACAAAGUGCGACGGACACGUCGGCCAGCCCUGCACCGCCUGCCUGAAGGCCAAAAAGCCCUGCGUGGUGGACGGAAAGGACCGCCGCACCAACAACACCAACAAGGACAAGUGCGAAAAGGUCCGCCAGGAGCUCAACGACCAUCUCGUCAAGGCUGCCUUGGUCUGCCGCAGCUUGAGCGAGCAGAUGACCUACCCCGAAAAACGCGGUACAACCCUCGUCGCCGGAGCCGACUGCGCCCUCAAGAUCUUGAGCAGCGAGGGAUUCAUGCCCAAGCCUUGGCAAGUUGGUCCCAUUUUGCGGCCGACCAUCUUGGACGACAUGACCUACCAGCUCGCGGAUUACCGCAAGGCCUUCCAGAACUACUGCAAUGAGGCCAAGACCUUAACCAGUGUCAUCGGAAAGCUCAUGAUCAUGCUCACGCAUCAUGACAGAGCCAUCAGGGACUUCGGCAGGCACUUUGCCAACCUACUCGUCUACCAAAACGAGACGCUGGCUGGCCCCACUGGAAUCGAGAGCAAAAUCGACAGCGUGUUGCCAGCCUGCGAUGAUCACUUCAUCCUCACCAGUAUGAACGAGGAGAUCAACAAGCUCGUUGCCAGCAAGCAGGGCAUCUAA